ACAACUUCUAACUCUCCUCAAUCCAACUCUGAUCUCUUCGUCUACUACUGCAAGCACUGUGGAUCUCACCUCCUCAUAACUGAUACCCAGUUGCAGAAAAUGCCCAAAAGGAAGACUGACAAAGCUUAUGUGUUGGACAAGAGCAAACAUCUUGCAAGGCUUAACAUUGCUGAGGCUGGAAAAGUUGUAUUGAAAAGGGGUGAGGGGAAAAUGGAGAAGCAAUUUCGUAUGAACUGUGUGGGUUGUGGACUCUUUGUUUUCUAUCGCUCAGAAGAAGAUUUGGAAGGUGCUUCUUUCAUUUAUGUUGUUGAUGGUGCUCUAAGCACGGUUGCUGCUGAAACCAACCCACAGGUAUAAGUUAUGAUGCCAAUUUAACUCAGAAACUGCUUAAGCUGAUCUUGCUUGGCCUUCUUCAUUAUCAUUUGGUGAUUAUUGCAGGUGGAGGAUUUGUCUGCUAGGCAAGUAUAUGAGAAACUUCUGGAGGCUGUAACUUUGAGGUUGUACAAUUUACAUGUCAAUUGUAAUGAAAGAUAAGAUCCAUUCAACUUGUACGUUUACCCCGGACAUCCUGGACUUCAAAUUAUUCUUCUGUUAGUUGUGAUUGUUGUAAUGCAAUGUUGCAAUGUCAAAAAUUCAAUUGCACAACCUGAGUCUAUUUGAUGAUAAUUCCAGUUAAUUCUGUCUGUA